UUUUUUAAAAAAAUUUCCUUCCUCUUCCUUCUCACGCAAACCCCCCCUCCUAUACCCUUCAAGUUUCAGUGGCCGCAACGCCAGCCAACUCCUUUCCUCUCGCCGGCAUCUAUCUCUAUCUCUGCACUGCCACUGUGGCUGAACGCCCACCAGCCAAACGCACCGCCGCCAGCUCUCGCCGCGCAGGAUCGAAGUUGCUACCCUAUCUGUGUUGUACUUUGUCCCUUCACCGAUCAGUUACUGUCUACCGAUUGGAAGUCGUUCACUAACUCCUGGCCGUGGGAUUUUGUUUGUCCGCCACGCUGCCGCUUGGACCAGUCACGCUACCUCGAGAUUCGUUUCGCGCUGCUACCUAAUCCAAAGUCGUAGCGCUCAGAUCUUGCCACUAGGACCCGAGUCCUGUGUCGAGCUAGUUGCCCUUUCUGUUUGUAUGUUGAUUGAGCCUCCGGUGUGCUAGUAAGCUUCGAAUCUCCGCUGUAUUUCCAGUAGGUUGCCGCUGAAAUUGUUAUUCUUGAGCUUUGGGGGAUUCUGUUCUAUGAUUCAGUAAUUUACUGAUAUUGAAUUGAAGAAUAAUGAAGCUGACUGUAGUUGCACAAUCCCUUCAAGUCCGUUCCACAUUUGCUAAAAUAAUUGGGUUGUCGCAGGUCCGCUUCUUUCAGCCUGAUUUUACUCCUAGAGACCCAAAUGCCAAGCCGAAAAAAUACAAGUACCCAGCAUUUUAUGAUCCAUAUGGCCCUAGGCCCCCACCCUCUGAUAAAAUCAUUGAGCUUGCUGAAAGAAUUGUAGCACUGCCUGCUGCUGAGCGUUGCCAGAUUGGUCCCACACUUGGCGAAAAACUUAGACAUCCUAAGCUGCAGGAAAUUUCAGUGGAUGGCUUGGACAUGGGUCCGGAAGGAGGGGCAGCGGCAGGAUCUUCCAACGUGGAAGAGAAAAAAGAAAAAACUGCUUUUGACGUGAAGCUAGAGAAGUUUGAUGCUGCUUCAAAAAUUAAAGUGAUUAAAGAAGUAAGGGCCUUCACUAAUUUGGGUCUGAAGGAGGCAAAAGACUUGGUAGAGAAAGUACCUGCGAUUCUCAAGCAAGGGGUGACCAAGGAGGAAGCAAACGGUAUCAUCGAAAAAAUCAAAGCUGCUGGAGGAGUUGCUGUGAUGGAGUAAAAAAUUGUUCUAAAGAUGGUACCAACUUUUUGUUUAUAUUUUUCUGGCCAAUUUCUAGCUUAAACUACUGAACAUUCUUUCUGUUAGCUGAUGUUGUUGCCGGCCAGUUGAGUUGAAAAAGGACGAAUGACAAAUAAAUAACUUUGCUAGACUUGUUUUUCCCUAUGCAGAGUAAUUUACCAUUUUUUCUUUCUUUC